AUGUCAAGCCUCAAGAGCAGAAUUGUGAAGCUGAUUUCUGAAGGAGGCUUAAGAAUUUCUGGUAAUAAAUGGAAUCAAAGUUAUGACUUGCACAUUAUUGCAGUUUUCCAUUUGGGCAUCAGGAGUUCCAGAUUUCAGAAUAUCAUUGAAUGUCAUUGGUUACCUCCGGAUCCUGAUUUUACCAUGUUUUGUUGUGAUGGCUCUUCCUUGGGAAAUCCUGGUGCUGCAGGUUUUGGUGUAGUUGUCAGAAAUCAUCAUUGUCAGGUCCUUGGGACUAUAACAGGGGGAAUUGGUAUUGCUUCUAAUUACAUAGCAGAGGUUUAUGCAGUUAUAAGUGCUCUGGAGUUAGCAAUUGAGUGGGAUAAACAGAAUGCUUUGAUUGUCUCUGAUUCAAAAACAGUAGCAAAUGACUUUGCUCAAGGGAAAGUGCCAUGGUUUAUCAGGAGUAGAUGGAAAAAUGCAGUGAAGAAGUUAUCUCAAAUUAGAUAUAAGCAUUGCUACAGAGAAGUGAAUUUUCCUGCAGAUGGAAUUGCUAAAAAGGGUGCAUUGCUGGCUCCAGGUGAAAGGCAGAUUUGCAUUGGUAGACCUUCUCAUCUUGUUAGAGUUGAAAUUCCUGAUUUUCCUCUUUUCUUUUAA